CACAAAACAACGGUCAUCUCGGGCCGUUGGAUCUGGAAUUUGGGUGUUCCCAGGUUUUUCAUCACUUUCAACAACGGACAACAAGUUCCCUCUACAUCGUACUGGUACGAUCCACACAAAGUCAUCAGACACUGGAACUUGCCAAGACAAGCCAUGGGUCGAACUGCUCCUUCAAUCCUGCUACUCCUUGUGUUUCUGCUGGUAGCUUUGCCCGAAGCGUCGAGUCGAGGAUUCUUUCGAAGCAAUGAUGACCAAGAUGAUAAUGAUCUAGUUGGCGAAGGGCAGGGCAUUGUUGGAGGCUCAAAAGCAGAAGACAGUGAAUUUCCAUGGUUUGCGGCGUUCGUCCCAUUGGUUCAAUGUGGAGGAACGCUGAUAGCGCCCGAUCGAGUUUUGACUGCGGCUCAUUGCAUCCAACGAGGUGCCCCUACCAAUGUGAGGAUUGGGCCCACAACCCUCAGCAAUGGCGAAAACAUUGCCGUCACUUGUGGAAUGUAUCAUCCUGAUUACAGAGUUGGAGCUAGUGGGGAUCUGUUCAAUGAUGUUGCUGUACUAAAGCUGUCAACUUCGUCGAGUGCUACCCCAAUAAAACUGAACAGCAAUCUAAAUUAUCCUUCCACGAGCGGUUCGCCACUUCAAGUAGUUGGGUUUGGGGCAACGAAAGAAGGUGGAUCCACUUCCAAUGUACUGAAGAAGCUUGGAACCUAUUUUCAAACAAUAGAAUCUUGCCAGGGCAACUAUGGGAAUGUCGAAUUUGGAACUCAUGUUUGUGGAAAUGUUGAUAAUGAAGGCGACUGUCAAGGCGACAGCGGAGGCCCGCUCUUUGAUGCGACUGAAACACAAAUUGGUAUUGUAAGCUAUGGGAUUGGAUGUGCCAGACCCAGCGAGGAUGUAUAUGCCGGUGUUGCCAAGUACCAUGAUUGGAUUCAAGAGCAAAUCAACAAUGACGAAUGCAAUGUGCAAGCUUCCUGCGGUUUCUUGGCCUCUUUUUUUGGUUGUCUCGAUCGUGCCAGAGACUUUGUUUUAGGCAGCAUUUUUUGAUAAGAUCCCAUCCAGAAACAAGUGGCAUCACAAGUAAUCACGGUGCAGCAUCGUAGCUGCUGUACGGCAAGCACCAUCAACAACAAACACUUGAAGGGCACAGACGCCUUGUACAGGCUGGCGGGCUGGCGGCUACAAUAAGCUAGAAAUCCUGUCCGUGAACAAUACACGUAUCCAGAACCGCAUGAAAGUUAGCGAAGAAUGUAGAAUUCCGCCCAUGCAUUCUGUCAGAGACUAUUGUAGACUUUCAGGUUUGUUGACCAGAAGAGUAUUGUGCUGUUGGCUUGCAAGUCCAGCAAAGGCAUCUUCCAGACUCUGAAACCAGCGUUUUUCCAUAGCCUCAACUCAGCCAGCCAUGCAAGUCCAACUACAGCAACCCCGGGCACGGGCACCUUUUCCUGCACAUCCGGUACCGAACGCCACCAAUCCAUACCUACUUGUAGGUACUGCCGAAUACUCAAAAGCAAGCGCCGUGCCUUCAAGUGUUCGCCACCAGGAAGCACCAAAGAAACCCCAGGGAUGAAGCACAUCAAUCCAAAAAGUAUCCUGCACCAGGUAGCAGUAGAAGGAAGCAACAAUGGCGACCUGGCCAAAGAACUGGAACUUCAAACUGGCUGGCCAGAGUUCCAGUGGCGAGUGUCAACAAGUACUAAAAUAAUUACUACUACAUGUAAUCAUUGUGAUCAAUC